CUAGCACGACCUGCCUCGCACCGUGGUGACUUCGGCCUUGUCCUCCAUCGAUAUCUCGCCAACGUAUCACUAUUGUUGCGAAACCUCUAGCGAAUAUGACAGCCUUGCGUCGCAUUUCGAAGGAACUGUCCAACAUCCGGGACAAACCACUUGAGGGUUUGACCGUGGAGCCCAAAGAUGAUAACAUUUUCGAAUGGAAAUGCGCCGUGAAGGCUGCGUCAAACAGCCCGUACAAAGGUGGAACAUUUCAUUUCACGUUGUCUCUACCGGAGAAUUUUCCGUUCAAGGCACCAACCGUGACGUUCGCCACUAAGAUCUAUCAUCCUGGAAUCAAUGAGGAAGGCCAUAUUUGUGUUCCCGUCCUGCGAGAUCAGUGGAAGCCCUCGGUGACUUUGUCUUCAGUGCUCGCCAUCAUCCAGGAGAAGGUGAACAACCCGAGCCCGGACGAUCCGUAUGAACCAGAGGUUGCCGCAUUGAUGAAGACUGACUACGCAAAGUUCCAUGCGACCGCGGAAGAAUGGACGAAGAAAUAUGCCAGCGCCUGAAUUGUUAUGUGUAAGACGUGAGGCUCUGUACAAUCCCGCUUGCGCAUGCUACGCAUUUCCAUUUAUCUCAUGUACUGGACGCCGCUUCACUUUGUCGAUAUUUCGCCUGAGCGGAACUCUUUAUAAGCAUUGAACCUCCGCAUAUUGCCUUCUCCAAGAUGUCAGUGCGGUUUUCUACACGUGGAACACGCUUUGGGACUAGACUUGCAUGCAGCAUCUUACAACAUCUUAGGAAGAAUGCAUCCG